ACACUAAUGCAGCUCAUGGUAAAUCGAGACUUCAUUCGGGAAUGACGUCGUUCCGAUGUGUGAGGCGGGAAAGAUGCCCCCUGGCUCCCCAUCCGCGGAUGAUUGGGGAGAGAUGUCGCAAAACUUGAUCCUGGACAGGAGCGGCGUGAAGCAGAUAACGGAUAUCGCGUAUAUAGUCGUGAGAAAGCUAACAGAGGGAAAUUGAACCCAAAUGGCGGGGAAGCUGACGGUGUCGACGUCUGCGCCGCCUGACUGCAUGUAUGCGCUUCUCGCGCGAACCGGGCGGCACGGUGAGGCACCAUCUGCAUCAUAUUACGAGCCCUGUAUUUGGUCGCCUUCGUCGUCUGCUCCCUUCGCCACUCGUAGCAACAAAGUAGCACCACGAUGUCUGAAGCGAAGAGCCCUAAGGCGGUCAGCUCGCCCCCUUGCGAAGAGGUCUCCCAUCGCGCCCAAAAACCAUGGCACUUCUGGGCCGUGUUCCCAGCCCUGUGUCUUUGCUCCUUCUUGACGGCCUUCGAUGCCUCCGUCGUCUUCACUGCGCUUCCAACCAUCGUUUCCGACCUGCAAUCCGGAGAACUAUACAUCUGGAUUAUUAACGCGUACACGCUUUCGAUGACCGCGCUGCAACCCCUCUACGGUCAAAUCGCGGAUAUCUGGGGCCGGAAAGUCACACUCGUGCUUGCGCUCAGCGCGUUUCUAGUAGGGAGUCUCGUAUGCGGCUUGGCGAAGUCGACGGUAAUGCUGGUAGUCGGGCGCGCGGUCCAAGGUAUGGGUGGUGGUGGACUGAGCAUACUGCCUGGCAUGAUCCUCUGCGACCUGAUUCCCCUGCGGGAGAGGCAGAAGUAUACCAGCAUUGUGUAUGGGGCUUUCGCCGUCGGGACACUUAUCGGGCCAGUCGCCGGAGGCAGCCUCGCGGAAUCGAUCGGGUGGAGAUGGAUCUUUUACCUUGUCCUCAUCAUUGGCGCGGUGUCGCUGGUCCUCGUGCUUGCCUUCCUCAGGCUGAAGCAUGGAAGAGAAGGAACGCUCCAGAGCCAGCUUCGUCGGAUAGACAUCCUCGGAACUGUAACCCUGACGGCGUCGAUUAGUUCGAUCCUGAUAUGCUUGACCUGGGCUGACGCGAAGUACCCGUGGGCGUCGUGGAGGUGCAUUGUGCCGCUUGUGUGCGGCUUCGUUGGCCUCGCGAUCUUCGUCUUGUUACAGGCAAACCAGCGCCUCUGUCCUCAACCAACAGUGCCCCUCCACCUCUUCAAAAGCUCAACCUCCCUUCUGGCAUUCCUGGUCACGUUGUUACACGGGCUCAUCCUCUACUGGUCAAGCAUCUGUAUACCUCUCUACUUUCAAGCCGUUCUCCUCACGACACCCAAACAAUCCGGAAUCAACAGCAUACCCAUGGCCGUGACUCUCGUUCCUGCCGGAAUCCUUGGGGGAUUCUUAAUCGCAAAGUUUGGACGCUACAAGCCAAACCAGAUCAGCGGUUUCGUGAUCAUGCUCAUUGCCCAGGGUUGCUUCUCGAUGCUUGGUCCGUCUUCUUCCACGGCUUCCUGGGCUGGCUUCCAGAUUUUGAUGGCGAUAGGUGCUGGCGUCGUCCUCACAGCCUUGCUUCCGGCUAUCCAAGCACCGCUGUCCGAAGAGGAUACCGCGGCUUCGUCGGCGAUGUGGGGGUUUGUGCAGAGUUUUGGGUUUAUAUGGGGCGCCGCGAUACCUUCAGCGAUAUUCAACAGUCGAUCGCGCAGCCUCGCCCAGGAAACGAGCAUAAUGGAGGUGAAAACUCUGUUAAAGGACGGCUCGGCAUAUGAGCAUGGUGUUCGAGCUUUCCUUAUUACUCUGAGUCCAAGUGCGAGGGAUGAGGCGAUCAGGAUCCUUAGCCAAAGUGUACGCUUCACCUGGAUGGUCAGCCUCGCGUUUACUGGCUGUGGGUUCUUGCUCGCUUGUUCGAUCAGGGAAAUUCCGCUGAGGACGGAGUUGGAGACGAAGUAUGGGCUGCGGGAUAAGGCGGCUAUUGAGGCCUGAGGAGUCGUGGGUUGGAGGAAAGCACACCACCUUCGGAGCAUUCGGAGAAUCCAUGCGACGAUGCCUUUUUUCAGGUCCCGAUGAGGGGUUUGUAGGGAUCUACAUGCAUGUAGAUCUGAGGGAACAUAAUUUCUCCGGCCGACAACGUCAAGUUCCACCAAUAGCGAGCGCCACACAUAGCU